UUCCCUGACGACCUUUACCAAUACCACGUGGUUACAGUAUUAAACUUCCUGGAUUGUAUUUCUGAAGUCUAAAGAUCUACUUACUACAGCUAUUAAAGAGAGGCGUAUCUUUUGAUAGAAAGCAUGCCUUCUGAAGCAGCCAAGAAGAGAGCAGCUCAAAAGAAAGCUCAAAAACAAGCCUCGUCAAGAUCAGCACAAAAGAAAACUGUUGUCACUCCUCCAGGGGCUAAGGAUGAUGAGGAAGUUAGAUCUAAAUUGACUAAUGGGGCGAGUGCCACUACCGUGGGCAACGGUCUGCAUGAGGGAGUGGCGGGGAUGAAGAUUUCCCAGAGAUCAUGUACAGGUGUACUUGCCUCCCACCCUGCAUCGAGAGAUGUCCACAUUAACGACUUCUCCAUGACCUUCCACGGUGUCGAGUUACUUAGCGACACUCAGCUGGAGCUCAAUUUGGGCCGGAGAUACGGGCUCGUCGGUCUGAACGGAAGUGGUAAGUCCACACUACUGACUGCCAUUUCUGAGAGAGACAUUCCAAUCCCCGACCAUUUUGACAUAUAUCAUCUCUCCGAGGAGAUUCCAGUUAGUGAUAUGACUCCGCUCGAGUGUGUCAUGGAGGUGGACGAAGAAAGGUUGCGUCUGGAGCGACAAGCCGAAGAUCUGACAAAAACCGGUGACACUGAUAGCGAUCUUCUGAUGGAGAUCUACGAGCGUCUGGACGAGUUGGAUGCUGCCACGGCCGAGACCAAGGCUGCACGGAUCCUCCACGGUCUCGGGUUCGAUGGUUCUAUGCAACAGAAGAAGUGUCGAGAUUUCUCUGGAGGCUGGAGAAUGAGAAUUUCAUUGGCCAGAGCGCUCUUCGUACGUCCCACCAUCUUGCUACUGGACGAGCCCACUAAUCAUCUCGAUCUGGAGGCGUGCGUCUGGUUGGAGGAGGAGCUGAGGAAGUACAAGCGUAUCCUAGUGCUGGUCUCUCACUCUCAGGACUUCCUCAAUGGAGUGUGCACUAACAUCAUCCACUUCCACCUCAACAGCCUCAAAUACUAUGGGGGUAACUAUGACGCGUACAUGAAGACUCGUUCUGAACUGGAGGAGAAUCAGAUGAAGCGAUAUCAGUGGGAGAAAGACCAAAUGCAGCACAUGAAAGAUUACAUCGCUCGGUUUGGACACGGUUCUGCUAAACUGGCCAGACAGGCACAGAGCAAAGAGAAGGUGCUGGCCAAAAUGGUGGCCGGUGGGCUAACGGAAAAGGUUUCAUCAGAUAAGUUGGUCUCAUUCACGUUCCCUGAUCCCGGUACCAUUCCACCUCCGGUCAUCAUGGUCCAGGAUGUCAGCUUCCGAUACAGUGAUGAUAGCCCGUUGAUCUACAAACACAUUGAAUUUGGUAUCGACCUCCAGCGAAGAAUAGCACUAGUAGGGCCGAAUGGAGCCGGCAAAUCCACACUGCUCAAACUCAUUGAUGGAGAGCUGGUACCAACGGAUGGCAUCAUAAGAAAACAUGCUCACGUCAGGACUGGCCGAUAUCAUCAGCACCUCCACGAGUACCUUGACCUGGACCUGUCUGCCCUCGAGUACAUAUUUAAGUGUUAUCCCGAGGAGAAAGAUGAGGAGCAAUUGAGACGGUCGCUAGGGAGAUAUGGACUCACCGGGAAACAGCAGGUGUGUCCAAUGAUGAACCUCUCUGACGGACAGCGUUGCCGUGUUGUCUUCGCUUGGCUGGCCUUUCGUAGACCCCACAUACUUUUACUGGACGAGCCCACGAACCAUUUGGAUAUGGAGACCAUUGAUGCGCUGGCUGACGCUAUCAACUCCUUCGAUGGGGGCAUGAUGUUGGUUAGCCAUGACUUCAGGCUUAUUAGUCAGGUUGCCAAGGAGAUAUGGGUGUGCGAGAAGCAAGGCAUUCACCCGUGGAAGGGAGAUAUCCAGGCGUACAAGUUUGCACUCAAGAGAGUUGUCAGAAAAGACUGAAUUAAAACUCCAUAAGCAAUGAACUAUUUAAUAACUGAGACUCAGAAGACUAUUUAAUAUUGCAAAAUCAUUAUUUAUGAUCAUGAGCAGAGUACAUAAUUAUGCAGUCAGUUAAUUUCCUUUGACUUUCAAUUUUAUCUGGACAAAUUGAUGUUUACGAAUUCAA